GAAGGCUGCCACGUCUCCUGGGCCCUCCAGCCCGGCAGGGGCAAAGCGGGGGGCCCAGACGGAGCGGAGCGGGUACAGGCGCAGAGGCCUUAGGGGCGGUUUGCUGGGGAAGGUGGCGAAAAUGGGGGCUGAGGGUUUUCCCCAGGUUGGCCCGACGCCAUCUGGGCCUUCAGUGAGUCCUGUGUUGCCUCUUUAGAGCAGGAUAGAGAGAACAGGGAAAUCAUAAAAUGACACCAGUAAGGUUCUCUUUCAACAGCUUUUUGGAAUAAAAAAGGAGAACCUAAUGUCCACUGAAAAGCAUUUCCAUUUUUUCUGGGAAUAUGUCAUUUAGGCCAGUUAUGCCGGUGAUGUAGCAAGUCUCACUUAUGUUGCAAAAGAUGCUGAGCCCCUAAAAACCCUUUUGUGCUUCUUACUUGCUUACGUUUGGUUUCCUAAUUCGGUUACACCUUUAUAUUGUUCCUGCCUCUUAUCAAAAUGUGAAUGAUUCUGGAACCAGUUUAGUUCACCUUGUUAUUUGACAAAGGGAGGCCGGGAAAUAAGAAUAGUAAAUAAGCCCACGUCCAUGUAAGAGUUUGCUAAGGGAUUCCUGCCUGGUUAUUCUGUCUUUUCACUAUAACCGUAUAGGGAGGCAGAGCAAGGGUUUCUGUUUCACAGCAGGAGUUUGAGGCUCAGAGAGGGUUAAGUGCCUUGGUCAGCCAAAACUAGAACCCCAUCUCUGGCGCCUCUUUUAUUGGUUUAUUUCAUCCUCCUGGGAUAUCACUCCCCUUCUCCUGGGACUGCUUCCCUGUGGGCCUGGGACGGCUGUGCUGUGUGUCCAGUGACUCAUAGCAAGUCCCUUGGGGCUGCUCAGGGCAGGUUUGCAGACCACACCAUGACUCUGAGUGACCCACGUGAAAUGAGAGUGCCUGGAAGGAAACAGUAGCAUUUACAGGACCUGAGAUGCUGUGCUGCCGCUCUCCAUAAGCUAGUCACGGAGUGUGUCUACUGCAGCCCUUUCUGAACCCCUGGCUGUCUGGAGGCUCUGCUGUGCUCCUUGCCAAGAUGAAGUGUGUUUUGGUGGCCACAGAAGGUGCAGAGGUCCUCUUCUACUGGACGGAUGAGGAAUUUGAAGAGAGUCUGCGGCUGAAGUUUGGGCAGCCGGAGAAUGAGGGAGAAGAGCUUCCCGCCGUGGAGGACCAGCUCAGCACCCUGCUAGCCCCAGUGAUCAUCUCCUCCAUGACCAUGCUGGAGAAGCUCUCAGAUACAUACACCUGCUUCUCAACAGAAAAUGGCAACUACCUGUAUGUCCUUCACCUGUUUGGAGAAUGCCUGUUCAUUGCCAUCAACGGAGACCACACGGAAGGUGAGGGCGACCUGCGGCAGAAGCUGUGUGUGCUCAAGUACCUGUUCGAAGUGCACUUUGGUCUGGUCACGGUGGAUGGCCAACUCAUCCGGAAGGAGCUGCGGCCCCCAGACCUGGAGCGGCGCAUGCAAGUGUGGGAGCAUUUCCAGAGCCUGCUGCGGACCUAUGGCCGCCUGCGUGAGCAGGAACAGUGCUUCGCCGUGGAGGCUGUGGAGCGGCUGAUUCACCCUCAGCUCUGUGAGCUGUGCAUAGAGGCCCUGGAGCGGCACGUCAUCCACGCUGUCAACUCCAGCCCCGAGAGGGCCGGCGAGGAGGCCCUGCAUGCCUUCCUGCUCGUGCACUCCAAGCUGCUGGCUUUCUACUCCAGCCACAGUGCCAGCUCCCUGCGGCCAGCCGACCUCCUCGCCCUCGUUCUCCUGGUUCAGGACCUCUACCCCAGUGAGAGCACAGUGGAGGAUGACGACCCUCAGCCUUGUCCACGGAGGCCCCGGAGCAGCCAGAACAUCCCCAUGCAGCAGGCCUGCAGCCCUGGUUCUGCAGCCCCCACCAGGAGGAGUUCUGCAGCAACCGACACAGACAGCUUCUCCCUCCCUGAGGAGUACUUCACACCAGCUCCUUCCCCUGGAGAACAGAGCUCAGGCAGCACUGUCUGGCUGGAUGGGGGCACCCCACCCACUGAUGCUCCCCAGAUCCAGAUCGCUGAAGACACCCUCCAGACCCUGGUCCCUCACUCCCCGGUCCCUUCCAGCCCCAGAAGGAUUUUCCUGGAUGCCAGCGUGAAAGAGAGCUAUUGCCCUAUGGUGCCCCACACCAUGUACUGCCUGCCCCUGUGGCCCGGCAUCAACAUGGUGCUCCUGACCAAGUGCCCCAACACCCCCCUGGCCCUGGUCCUGUACCAGCUGCUGGAUGGGUUUUCCCUCCUGGAGAAGAAGCUGAAGGAGGGGCAGGAGGCCGGGAGCACCCUGCGGUCCCACCCCCUCAUGGGGGACCUGCGCCAGAGGAUGGACAAGUUUGUCAAGAAUCGUGGGGGGCAAGAGAUUCAGAGCACCUGGCUGGAGUUCAAGAGCAAGGCCUUCUCCAGGAGCGAACCUGGAUCGUCCUGGGAGCUGCUUCAGGCGUGUGGGAAGGUGAAGCGGCAGCUUUGCGCCGUCUACCGUCUCAGCUUCCUGUCCGCGGCCCCGGGCCGGGGAGGCCCGCAUCUGCCCCAGCAGCUGCAGGACCAGGUGCAGACACUCAUGCAAGAAAAGCUGACGGACUGGAAGGACUUUUUGUUGGUGAAGAGCAGGAGGAACAUCACCAUGGUGUCCUACCUAGAAGACUUCCCAGGCUUGGUGCAUUUCAUCUAUGUGGACCGCACGACUGGCCAGAUGGUGGCCCCUUCCCUCAGCAGUAGUAAAAGGACUUCAUCAGAACUGGGCAGGGGACCGCUGGCCGCCUUCAUCAGAACCAAGGUCUGGUCUCUGAUCCGGCUGGCCCGCAGAUACCUGCAGAAGGGCUACACCACGCUGCUCUUCCGAGAGGGGGACUUCUGCUGCUCCUACUUCCUGUGGUUUGAGAACGAGAUGGGGUACAAACUCCAGAUAAUAGAAGUGCCCGUCCUCUCGGAUGACUCGGCCUCCAUCGGCGUGCUGGGAGGAGACUACUACAGGAAGCUCCUGCGCUACUAUAGCAAGGGCCAUCCCGCUGAGGCUGUCAAGUGCCACGAGCUGCUGGCCCUCCACCUGUCGGUCAUCCCCACAGACGUGCUGGUGCAGCAGGCCGGCGAGCUGGCCCGGCGCCUGUGGGAAACCUCCCGUGUCCCCUUGCUCUAGGCCAGGGCACAGUGCUCCGGUGCGGUCUGUGUGUAUCCUGGUCCCCUCGUAUAGCACUCGCCUACGGAUAGCACAUUCCCCGGGGUCUCUUAAACCCCUUAGACUAGUCUCCCCUCCAAGUAACAAACCCCCAAAUCCUUGUCUCUGGAGGAGGAGGGAGGCCAGAGAGGGUCCCUUGGUCUCCUUAAAACAGUAGUGGCUGCGAGGUUAGAACUGGGUCGGCUGCUUUCAGAGCUGCCUCUCCAUCUAUGCCCAGGAGACAGGAAGUCCCCAGUGCCUGCAGGUGUCUGAAGAUGCCUCCUCAUGCUGUUGGAGUGGAGAAAGAGCUCCCUCAGGAAGCCAUUUCCUUCUCCAGAUGAAAGGUGCCGCCCUAGCCGGGCUGCGAUUCCCGCUGUGCCUCUUCCUCCCUACGACCCUGGGCAGGUUUCCUCCACUGAUAGCCCCUACCUCUCAGGGUGGCCGUGAGGGCUGCAGGACACGUGGCAGGUGCUCAAUAAAUGCUGGUGGUGGUGGUUCAAGCCAAA